AUGCCUGCGACUACACGAGAGUGGCCUGCAUGGCCCGAAUUCACUGCUCAGGACGCUGAGAGUACAAAAGACCCUGAUUUCCUCUCGAUAAAGAAGAGUCUGAUUGCAGAAUACGGAGCCGAAACACUGCGUCAAAGCUGGAUCAAAGUGUGUCGGGAGCUUCAAGUGGUCACCAACGAGAUAUUGGAAAAGGGAAACGAGAUCAUUCCCAUCUUCGACACAGCCGAAGUAAUCUCCAAAGGCUUCACCAGCAGCCAAAAGGCCGAGAUACAGCGUAUCGGCGCCUUCAUCUGUCGGGCCACGAUCCCAGAGACCGAGACAGACACGCUGUAUCAAGACAUGACCAAAUAUGUCGCCGACAACAAGGCCUCUAUCCAGGCCUGGCCCAAGGAAAGUCCCAGCAUGUUGAUUCUAUACAAUUCACCCACCCAAAUCAAAAUCCGUUCAAACCCCAACCACCUCAUGCUCCAACGCAAGCUAAACGAGCUCUGGCACGGCUACAACGCCGCGGAGCACACCUCACCCGAACCUCUAGCCUACCUCGACGGUCUUCGCGAUCGGGCACCAGGUCAACCGUUCCUAGGACUGGGACCGCACAUCGAUGCCGGUAGCUUCUGCCGCUGGGCCGAUCCCGCAUAUCGCAAAGUCUACGACAACAUCUUCCGCGGUAGACCAGAGGCUCACGAUGCAUUCGACAUUGGGCUGCGAAAAGACGCCGACCAGGAGCUGUACAAGGCCAUGGCACACUCGACCGUUCUGCGCACGUUUCAAGGCUGGACGGCGUUGACUCCCACUGCACCACGCGAGGGAACUAUCAUGAUCUACCCGAAUUUGAAGUAUGUGAUUGCAUACAUGCUUCUGCGACCUUUUUUCCAGCCUCCAAAGGAUAAGCAUGCUGAUGUGAUGGACCCGGAGACUUGGACGUUGGACGAGGAGACUGGCUGGUUCCCCGGGACGUUCAAGACACAGAGUCAGCGGCUAAGUCGAGUUUCGCAUCCGCAUCUCAGAUUGGAGGAAUGCUUGGUUCACAUGCCCAAAGUGAGGCCCGGUGAUACCGUGUGGUGGCAUUGUGAUGUCUGCCAUGCAGUUGACACGGAACACUUGGGUAAGGUCAAUGCAUCUGUCGCCUUCAUUGGAGCAUGCCCCACCACGCCGAUCAAUAAGGACUAUAUCAGGAGGCAGCUGGCUGCCACACUGGAGGGUCGAGCCCCACCCGAUUAUGCCAUAGAUGGGGAAACUGACUUGGACGAGAGGAAGUUGAAAGGCUACGUGGGCUUUGAUGGCUUGAGCAAUGAUGCUCGAAGGGCGUUUGGAUUCGAGUUGUUAUAA